UUUCCUCAUUUUGGCUUCAUAUUUCAUUUCAUUUCAUUCCAGUGUUGUACACACUCUCUCUCUAGGGUUUAUCAUUUUUGUCUUCCUCUCUCUUCAGAUCAACUACUAUGGGCAAGUCCUAUCCCACUGUGAGCGCAGAGUACCUCAAGGCCGUUGACAAAUGUAAAAGGAAACUCAGAGCACUCAUUGCUGAGAAGAAUUGUGCUCCUAUUAUGCUUCGUCUUGCAUGGCACUCUGCUGGUACCUAUGAUGUGUGUUCCAAAACUGGUGGUCCUUUUGGUACCAUGAGGUUCAAAGCUGAGCAAGCUCAUGGUGCAAACAAUGGUCUUGACAUUGCUCUCAGACUCUUGGAGCCCAUUAGGGAGCAGUUUCCCACCCUCUCCCAUGCUGAUUUCCAUCAAUUGGCUGGUGUUGUUGCUGUUGAAGUUACGGGAGGACCUGAUGUUCCCUUUCACCCUGGCAGAGAGGACAAACCAGAACCACCCGUUGAAGGUCGCUUGCCUGAUGCCACCAAGGGCUGUGACCACUUGAGGGACGUGUUUGUGAAACAAAUGGGUCUUUCUGACAAGGAUAUUGUUGCACUCUCUGGUGCCCAUACCUUGGGAAGAUGCCACAAGGAGCGUUCUGGUUUUGAGGGACCUUGGACCGCCAAUCCCCUUAUCUUUGACAACUCAUACUUUACGGAGCUUUUGAGUGGGGAAAAGGAAGGGCUCUUACAGUUGCCAUCAGACAAAGCUCUCCUCAGUGAUCCUGCUUUCCGCCCCCUUGUUGAGAAAUAUGCUGCGGAUGAAGAUGCCUUCUUUGCUGACUAUGCUAAGGCUCACUUGACACUCUCUGAAUUGGGAUUUGCUGAAGCUUAAAAUGGUGACGGGAAGAGUUGGGAGGGUGGUGACAUAUUUUGCUUUUGUUUCAAUUCUGAAAAGCUCGCUGGAAUUGUUGGAUAUCGUUAGGCUUUUUAAUAAGUUUCAUUUUCUUUCUUGAUAAUUUUCCACUUGGUACUUUGAUACUUAUUUUGCUAAACUUGGUACUUUUAGGAAAGAAAUGAAAGAUGGGAAGUUAUGCACUUCAAAUUGUUGUAUCUACAGUGUAGCAAAAUUGCGAUUUUUUUAAUCCUUUCUUUUGUCACAAAGUACUGUCUAUAAGAAUUACUGUAAUUCUUUUUUCUUAAA